AUGUGUGGAAGAGCAGUCUGUACUUUGAAUCCACAGGAAAUUCAUGCCAGAACCGACACCAAUGAAUUCAUUGGGGGUUCAAGAUAUCAACCAUCCUACAAUGUCACUGCAGGAAUGAAUCAACCAGUAAUUACAAACUAUUUGAAUUUAACAAGAUCAGUAUCAGGUGGUAGAAUUAAUAAUAACAAUAAUAGUAAUAAUAGUGAUAAUAAUGAAGAUAAUCAAGAUAAUAUAAAUGACGAAUGGAAUGAAUCAACCAAUAAUCAUGUCAGUGGCUCCGUAAAUAAUGAAGAUCAACAAUCACAACAACAACCACAACAACAAAAGAAUCAAAGAGUUGUAAUGUCAAUGUUAUGGGGUGGGAUUGGUGAUCCACAAUAUAAUAUAAUCAAUAUCAGAUCAGACACCAUCCCAAACCAUUCACUGUUUAAAUCGUUGUUGAAGCGUCAACGAUGUUUGAUUGUUGCCGAAGGUUUCUACGAGUGGCAACACGCAAAUGGCGAUAUGGCAAGCACCAAAAUACCACCAUCACCUUAUUAUUUCUAUCAGCAACCAAACAGUUAUUCACCAGAUAACACAAGUUUGGUAAACAGUGGAAAAUCAAUGAUAUUAAUGGCAGGUGUCUAUCAGAUCAAGAAAUCUGCAACUGGCGAAGAUGUGUUUCGUUACGCGCUGAUCACUACCGAUGCUUUCAAAGGAAUGUCAGGAGUUCAUCAUAGAAUGCCAGUUAUUCUCACCGAUGAGAAUGACAUCAAUCAUUGGCUGAGACCUUACGAUGAGAAAACCAGUGGUUCUCCAGCAGAUUUACACUCACUUUAUAAACUAAUGAAACCAUAUGAUGGAUUAUCAUUUCAUAAAGUACCUGUUUUAGUAAAUAACAUUAGAUUUAAUUCACCAGAUUGUAUUAAACCAGAGAAAGAAUACUUUGCAAAGAGUGGUAUCGAUCGAUUCUUCCAGGUGAAAGAUAAGAAUAGCGAUAAUGAUAAUCUAUCAAUUCCAAUGUCAUUUGAAUACAAUGAUAAUUUAAGUGAAGUUUCAACACUAGAGGAAAUUCAAAGUUCUCAAUCAGCAGCAUCAUCAUCAACAUCUUUUUCUUCAUCACAAACAAGUUCACAAGAAUAUUUUUCACAAUCAACACAAUCUUCACAAUCCACACAAUUAUCAAAUAGUUUUUCUUCUGUAUCAUCAAUUGCAUCUGUAACAUCAUCCACAUCAACAUCAUCACUAUCCACAAUCUCAUCUCUUUCAACAAUGAGAAUACAAUCACCAACCAAACCAAAGAAACCUGUAAAUACAACAGCAAAUUUAAUUAAUGCAAAGAAGAACCAGCAAAGUGCAAAAGCUAAAUCUAGUGGAAUAGAGAGAUUCUUUGAAGUAAAACCAAAAUCAAAUGAAGACAAUGACAUUAACACCACUGCAACACCAACUUUGACUGUAACUGCAAAAUCAACAAAACCAACAACAACUACUACUACUUCAACACCAAACAAUAUUUAA